AUGUCUAUAAAUUCCAAAGAACAUAUUCUGUUUUUUGGAUCCAGUGGGCUAGUCGGCAGUGGUUCUUUAAGCAAUUUAUUAAAUCCCAACUUUCUUCUGUGUAAUAAGCAAAAUAAUUUCUAUGACGUGAUUGAGUCAAGCAUAGUAAGCGGUGUUUACGAUAUUGCGUUUGACAAAAUCAUAUAUUGUUUUAAUAGAACGCCCCAAAACAUUAGAUAUAAGUACCAUUCAGAUUUUGAAAAGAACAGCCAAUUUGACUUCGGUGGAACUAAGUAUACUCUGUCAAAUAACCCAGAGCCUAACAAUUCAUUUGAGUCAAAAGGUCAAUUACAGUUCGCAAUCAAUGAUGUCGAGGAAAGAAUCAAAAUUAAGUACCAAGUUAUGCCAUACAGUAAAGAAUUUGGUUUUUCCGCCGAGGAAGAACAACAAUUAAAUGUUACUUACAAUGUUUUUCACGUCCAAAUAGUUUAUAAUGAGUCAGAAAAAUGGCCAGACCUUCUUCCUAUACUUUUUACUGGUGAGAAUGAAAUUAAGAUUGCACGAAAACGAAAAGACAGGUUAUUCCCAGAGCUCUUCAAGUUAGCAAAUAUUAAUGACAUAUCAACAGUGGUGUGUACGCUGGGAGCAUCGAGCGCUACUGCCAAAAAGCAGAACAUGACUGUUAAUAAAAUCGAUUAUGACUUGACUUACAAUCUAAUAAGAGCCUUUACAACUACAGAAAAUAAGAAAGUGAUAAUAGUCACUAGUUUCAAUAAUGCUCUCAUCAGCAAUAUUUUCCCAUAUUUUAGAACGAAAUUGAGGCUAGAAAAUGAUCUCAAGACAACUUUAGAACCACCUAUAAAAGAGCUUUACAUUCUCAGACCAGGACCUAUAAAAGGGAAACACAGAUCCAAGGAAAGCGAAAUAUCCACAAAUAUUCGAACAUUAAAUCCAAUUACAAGAGCCAUCCAUUAUAAAAAGAAGCUUAUAAAACAAAAAAAGAAGCACUGGAGCUAUUUUACACUGAUGAUGCCAAAACGAAAGUUUCUGAGAUGUUAG